UUGCAUUAACACCCAAGUGCCGCUCAAACUAGUUUCUCCUCUUGUUCGUUCUCCACGAAGGUACCGUGACUACACGGGGUCCGAUUAAUAUCAUCUUCUCGGGCGAAAGGCGGCAAAAGGACACAAAAUGCCGAAAGCGGUCAAUAUUAACGUCAACGCCUUGGACUCGGAGCUGGAGUUUGCAGUUUUGUCAAGCGCUUACGGCAAGGUUGUGUUUGAUCAGGUGGUGAAAACAGUCGGCUUACGCGAGCUCUGGUACUUUGGACUCCAGUAUAUCGACGCAAAAGACUUUUUAGCAUGGCUCAAAAUGGAAAAAAAGGUGGUACAACAGGAUGUGAGGAAGGAGAACCCGCUGCACUUUAAUUUUCGGGCCAAGUAUUUUCCCGAGGAGGUCAACGAGGAGCUGAUUCAGGAGAUCACGCAGAAGCUUUUCUUCCUGCAAGUCAAAGACAGCAUCCUGAGCGACCAGGUGUACUGCCCGCCCGAAACGGCCGUGCUGCUGGCGUCCUACUCGGUUCAAGCCAAGUAUGGCGACUACGACAAGGACUCGCACCCGCCGGGAUAUCUCCUUUCCGAACGGCUGCUGCCCCGCAGAGUUUUGGAUCAGCACAAGUUAUCGCAAGAGCAGUGGGAGGAGCGCAUUCAGGUGUGGCACGAGGAGCACCGCGGGAUGCUGAAGGAGGACGCCAUGUUGGAGUAUCUGAAGAUCGCGCAGGACCUGGAGAUGUAUGGCGUCAACUACUUUGACAUCAAGAAUAAGAAGGGAACGCUGCUGUGGCUCGGAGUGGAUGCUUUGGGACUGAACAUUUAUGAGAAGGAUGACAAACUGACGCCAAAAAUCGGCUUCCCCUGGAGCGAAAUAAAAAAUGUUUCCUUCAAUGACAAAAAGUUCACCAUCAAGCCCAUCGACAAAAGAUCACCGGACUUUGUGUUCUAUUCCCCGAGGCUACGCGUCAACAAGUCCAUCCUGCAGCUGUGCAUGGGCAACCACGAGCUCUACAUGAACCGACGCAAACCGGACUCCAUCGAGGUGCAGCAGAUGAAGACGCAGGCCAGAGAGGAGAAAGUGCAGAGACUUAAGGAGAAAGCUCAGCUGGAGAAAGAGAAGAAGAGGAGGGAGGCCGUGGAGAAGGAGAAGGAGCAGAUGGAGCGGGAGAAGAAGGACAUUACAAUGAGGCUCUACCAGUUUGAGGAGAAGAUCAGGAAGGCAGAGCACGAUUUGCAGGAGCAGACACAGAGGGCCGUGAUGCUGGAUCGGGAACGUUUAAAAGCAGAGGAAGAGGCUACCCGACUGGAGGCGGAGCGUCAGGCUGCCCUGCUGGCUAAAGAAGCGCUGGCUCGCCAGUCGGAGACCCAGAAGAUUAGUCAGGAACAGCUGGCUGCGGAGCUGAAGGAGCACACGGCCAGAAUCACUCUGCUGGAGGAGGCCAGGAAACGCAAGGAGAAUGAGGUGGACACGUGGCAGCUCAGGGCCAAAGAGGCCCAGGACGAUCUGAUCAAGACCAAGCAGGAGCUGAACAUGGCGAGGAUGGCUCCCCCGCCUGCGCUGCCCAUGCCGAUGAUGACGCCCAUGCCGAUGCUGACGCCGAUGCAGAUGCAGAUGCUCACGCCGCUGCCGGCGCAGACGGCAAUACAGACGCCGAUGCACGCGCCGACGCAGACGCCGUUGCAGGCGCAGCUACAGACGCCGAAGCAGGCGCAGCUCCAGACGCCGAAGCAGGCGCCGAUGCAGACGCCGAGGCAAACGGUGAUGGAAAUGCCGCUGCCACCGCCUCCCCCUCUGGCUAUGUACAACUUCGACGACAACAGCGAGGAUGACGAGAGCAGCAGCAUGUACAGUGCCGACCUGCACAACGAGGCCAUCCACAACAACAAUUACCACAAGGAGGAGGAUCGCCAGACGGAGGCCCAGAAGAACCAACGCGUGCAGAAGCAGCUCAGGGAUCUGACCGCCGAGCUGGCCCAGGCGCGCGACGAGUCCAAGAACACCCAGAACGACCUCCUCCAUUCGGCGAACGUGCGGGAAGGACGAGACAAAUACAAAACCCUGCGGCAGAUCAGGCAAGGCAACACCAAGCAGAGGAUUGACGAGUUCGAGGCCUUGUAAGGAAGGAGCCCGCGCCACUUGAGGCACCCUUUCUGAAUGGUCACUCGGCCUUUGCGCUCGCAUGUAGCCACUGCGGAGCAUCGUACAGUCGGCGCACCAGAAAAGUCGCGCCCAAAUAGUUUCUGAUCAGAUUUGUGCAAUCGAACCAACGCAAGCAAGUCCUUUUGAAAUGCCGUUAUUAACCGAGAACGAAAAUGACUCGCAGUGACCACUCAGAAAGGGCUGACAAUUGUUUAUGCAUCGUCUUUGAACACUAGAUGGCUCUAUGCUCAUUUAAAUUCAUACCUGGUUUAAUAUUUAUAAAGUAUACGGGACAUUUAAAAAAAAAAAGGGUGUUUCAUCUUUGGUUUGUAUAUUUUUGCUAACGAUGAAAUUUAAACAUUUAUAUAUUGACCAAAAUAAUGUCAGUGUCUUACGUUCUCUGCUUAUAGUUUCAGAUCAAUAGACAAAAAAAGAAAAAAAAAUUGUAAAUUAUUGCGCUUUAGUUGACAUACGGCGGCAUGCCACGGGAUCACGUGUGGCUUCUUGUUCACUUUGCCGUUCGGCUGAAAUGAGGAUGAGCCAUCGCUUUGUCUUCAGCUCAGCGCCGACGCUUAAAACUGGAGCACUUGUGCCUUUCUGAGAUGAUGCUCGCGCACGGUGAAGCAUCGAGACUUCUCUUUUAGCAGGAAGAAAACAAAACAAAACACGUGUGUAACAUUUGGAACGCACAAUGCCGUUUUUUGAGUGCGUGAGACCUCCUUGACGUUGAGGUGAGCGUUGUGAAGUAUUUUCACGAAGCAGUUCGGCCACUUUGGUUUCACCUUGAUAGUCGGCAACAACUGUAACGGAAACAUCUUUACAUUUGAGACAUAUUGCCAAUAAAAAGAAUAAAUAAAUAUGA